UAUACAGAAUUCAAGCCGCCUCCCAGAACUGUAUUGGUAGAGUUAAGGAAAAAGACAGCCAACCAAAGGUCAUCUGAAAUUGUGACUGGCUGCUAAUCCCAGGACGAAAUUAUAGAUCACUACUCAAGCAUAAGGCCCCCACAGAGAUGUUUCAUUUAAAGGCUCGGGCUGAGUAUGUUGUGGAAUGGGCUGCAAAGGACCCAAAUGGCUUCCUUACAACAGUUAUUUUGGCUCUGACUCCACUGUUUCUAGCAAGUGCUGUGCCGCCUUGGAAAUUGGCCAGGAUGAUUGAGGCCAGGGAAAAGGAGCAAAAGAAGAAGCAAAAACGUCAAGAAAAUAUUGCAAAAGCUAAACGACUGAAAAAGGAUUGAAGGAAUGUACAGGCUGUGUGUCCAGAGGAAAAUUGUUCGGAAAAUUAUCCA